AACUUAUUAAAUAGGUUUAAAUGAUCAUCAUUUAGUGGAAUUCUGUAAAGCAGUUCUAUGUGGUGCAUCGCUUAUAUAUUCUAUAAUAAUAAACCAAAAUAUCACCUGUAAUGCUGUUUGUGCAUUGUUUAAUUGCAUCUUCAUUCGUCGUUCAACUGAGCCGAGGUCAGAAUAAUCAGUGGGGAUAUCGACAAUCUGAGCCUAAAUUUGCGCAGCCUCCAAGUUGUCUCUGCGAAGUGGGCGGGGAAAUAGGGGACUGUGGAUGUGACGUGGAAAGUGUUGAGGACUACAAUGCCAGACUCAUCUACCCACUCCUGCAACAACUAAGACACAGCGAAGAGUUCAAGUACUACCGAGUAAAUCUGAAAGGCAGUUGCCCAUUCUGGCAGAUGGAUGGACGCUGUAAACUGCAAUCAUGUGCAAUUAAAACCACCUCUAGCUUCAACUAUGGCUCGAAUGCUAAAAGCAAAGAACGGGAGAUCCAUGACAGUGACGAGCAAUGUAGUGAGACCAUAUCGAACGGAAAGAGCAGCGAACAAACAAGCGAGGCCAAAGUCGAUGAGAAAUUUUGUACCAACAACUUGCUGGAACAAAAACAGCAAGAAUGUUGUGAUCAUUCGCAUGAGUAUGUUACGCAUAGUAGAGUGGACGGUUAUGCUAAGAAAUCAGUUUGGUUGUUGAGAGAUGAAUUUGGCAGUGGAAGGAGUGAAGGCGAUGAGAUUGUUGAUUUGACUUCCAACCCCGAAGGAAACACUGGCUACUUCGGUCCAAGUGCGAACCGCGUGUGGGGUUCCAUAUACAAGGAAAAUUGCUUCAAAGUCGAACCCAAACAGAACUCAAACGAUGCCACUUCUGUUAAUUCUCCGCCUAGUCUGAAUCAGUGUGAUGUUAUGUCUUCCAGGACGAUGAAUCAAGUAUGCGCCGAGAAACGGCUGUUCUAUAGACUGCUCUCCGGUUUGCAUUCAAGCGUGGGUGUCCAUUUAGCAGCCAAAUAUCCGGUGAGAUCCAUGUUUGGCCAAGUUGACUAUCGACCCAAUGCAACUGAAUUUGCUCGCAUAUUUGAUCCGCAGUUGACGUACAAAGAGGGUCCGCACAGGCUGAAGAACAUGUACUUGCUGUACCUUGUGGAGAUGAGAGCACUUCUCAAAUCAGCCCCUCUUUUGACUCAAAUGGAAAUGGAUGAGUCUCCAAAGAGUAACGGAGAGACUCACGAGAUGUUGCAGUUGCUCAUGCAGUAUUUGUCUUCCUUCCCGAAACACUUUGACGAGCAUGCUCUAUUUCAAUCGCACGAGUUUUUAUCGCUCAAACAAGAAUAUAGUGCCAAAUUGGACAACAUCUCCCGUAUACUGGACUGUGUGGAGUGUGACAAGUGUAGGUUGUGGGCCAAGUUGCAGUUAGACGGACUGCACAUUGCACUCAGAGUGCUAUUCCUGGAAUCACCUACUGAGGAGGCCGGCCAAUCAGAACAGCGCAAGGACGCUACGGGAACUACAACUGACGAAUCAUCACAAGGUGUACACGACAACUCGGCUAAUGGCAAGGACUACUUUUCGGCUCCAGGAAUCAGUCAGUGUCCGAAGCUGGCAAGAAACGAAGUGGUAGCUCUGUUCAAUGCUUUCACCCAGAUCGCAGAAAGCAUUUACUACGUGCACUACUUCAGAGACGAAUACUAGGACAAAAAUUUAGAAUAAAAACUUAAGGACUAGUAAGUGCAAUGAUGUUUUAAGUGUUUCUGUACAUGUGGUCUAUACUUACACAAUCGUGCUAGCCAGUGUAGUUUUAUAUUACAAAUCUUUUUUUUUGUAACCGAAUUUGCAAAUAAGAGUGCGGCUCUUUACUAGCUCCCCUUUGAUUUUUCUGAAAUUAGAGUAGCGAAUAUGUGCCGAGGUCUGUCAAGUCUGAACAAAAAUGUAUAAAAUCUGAGCACAAGUCUUCAUAGUCUGAACAUAAGAGUGAGCAAACUCUGAAUAUAAAUAUGCGUAGUUUGAUCAUACAUCUGGAAAAUAUGAACAUAAGAUUGCGCAAAGUGUGAGCAAAACUACAUAGUUCGAAAUGUCGGAACCAGUCGGAUUAUACGCAGUGUGUGCAUCGAAUCCGUCUGCGGCCAAUCCAACCGCAUCAUUCUCCAGAAAUUGUUGAACCGAUCGAGCCGGCUAAGUUUCCUGGCUGAUUCUUUGCUGGGCAAAAUCUGGAGAGAGCCAGGACUUCGUUGACUAUUUACCACAGCUGCUUCAAGAUAUUUAACCACAGGAGAAUGUCGGGGAAACAGGCAACACUUCGAUUGUCGGUCAUGAUCGGUCGCCCGCCAGUCGCAAUGGCACCUGCACCAGUAGUCGUACCGCCACCACCGGGACCAGUUGUCGUGCCGCCACCACCACCGGGACCAUCAGUACCGUCACCACCGGGACCAAUAGUCGCACCACCCCCCUGACCCAGACACGCAACCAGUCUUUCCACUGCAACCAGAGCGAAAUGAAGGAACCCUCAUUGAUGAUCUGAUGGCAGAAGCAGUUCCAGUUGAUAAUGAACUAGGACGCGAUGAAAAUAACUCGGAUCAAAGCGUCCAAGAACAACGGAAAGCAGCAGCUGAAGCGAGAGACAUAAUUUACAGUCAAACGCGAUACAGUAAAGACGUGCGACACCACCCAAGUCCAUCACGCAAGAUUUAAUCGCGUAAACACGGACCACAAAUGAUUAAUGGUCACGAAGUAGCUCCCGUUGCUUUCAGUUCUAGAUCAUCUCGAAAGGAAAAUCAGAAAAAAGCAGCAGAAGCGAACGAAUCUUUCCCGACGAGAGAAAAAGAAGACCUCAUUAACGAGAGUUACCAGCGAGCUAAGCAAGUAAGAAAACCCAAAGCUGAGGAUGGAAGUAGUAAAUAUGCUAUUUAGUUUUUGGCACAGGAAUUAUCCAAAAUUUCCGAGGUGCAAUAGGACGUUGCGUCUCGAGCGAUAUUCAGAUAAGCGAGCUAAUUGGCACGGCAGAUCAGAGACGCCUACCUGGCGCUGUAGCCAACCCUGUAGGCCAUCGAAAUUUCAGAAGUCGGUGCGUCAGUGUCAAUGUUUACUUGUUUAAGAUUAGGAGUUAAUUUUUAUGAUCAAUUUUUGAGUUUUAUUUAUUCAGACUCAUCAGAAUUUUUUGGUUCUAUAAUGUCCAUUUCCUCUGAAUCUAGUUCUAUGACAUCCACAGAGGACGCAGGUACGCGCACGCAACCGGAGGCAACUCGCGGUUCAAUACGCUUGCGUGUAAGUCUUCAGUAUCUUUUUAAAAAGAAACAAACCAGUCAAUCGGGGAAAUAAUGGCAAAUAAACUGAAAAAACAAAAUUUCUUAUACUCACCAAAGGUUAGGCACAGUUAUGAUUGGCUCCACGUGGAAUCGAGCAUCGGCUCGGGAAAAAGAUGGUGAUGAUGGGAAUAGUACAUGUAGAGGAACAGACAUACAUGCUUGCUGGAA